GUUUAAUAUAAUGCCAGAAGAGACAGUAGAUGAUGAACUGUCAAACAUAGGCAACGGUAUUCUUUCUGACCACAGUCAAAAUGUGAUGAAUAACGGAUGGGAUGGUAAACAAGAACCGCUUUCAGAUGAAGAGCGUCCACUGAAAAUUUGCGAGAACUUGUCAGUGGAGAGAAGGAAUAGUUUCAAUAGUAUCUCUAUCGGUAAAUCUGAGCCGAUGGACGAGGAUCCGUUGGCUUGUACCGAGGGCACUGGAGAAAUGGAACAACCCGAUAAUAAUAUGCAAGAGUCUAAUGAAAAUGAAGCGUUGAAGCAAAACCACCAGGUUAUAAUUCGCCCGCUUAAUAACGUGGUGCGAAUAGCCGUGGAAGAGCAAGUGAUGUGUGUCCAGCCCCCUCCCGCUGCUGCUCAGGUUCCCCCUCCGCUCCUCCUCCAGAUACAGUCAGCACCCAACCCGAUCACUGUCACGCUACAGAACGAGAAGGUGAUCUUGCCGGAACAAGUACUUAUUUUGCAACAGCAUUUGAGACAACAUAUACAGAUCGCCACGUCGAACUUCUUGCAGCUCUUCAUUAAUCCACUUCACUGGGCUAAAGCGCCCACUUACAAAGAGUAUUUGGAAACGUUAUUGAAGAUGGUGAAUGAGAAUCCGUCGUCCGUCGUAAACGUGUGUAAUCUCCAUCAGGCGGUGGAACUGGUCCAUAAGUGGGAGGAGAGCGUCUCUAAAGACACGCCCGAGAAUACUGCUAUGGUCGAAUUUAUUCAAAAGGAAGCUGAAAGAUGGCGCCGCAAUACGGCCUAUAACAAACUAUACGUGGGCGAAUUUCACGAGACCUUCAACAAAGUAGUGGCGAACAGUCCCGUGUUCCUGUACCCGUAUUUGUUGCCGCCGAUGCCGUACGCUGCAGACUCUAAAAGGAGAUUCAGCUAUCUACGCUCCGAAGACGAGUUGAUAGCCAUAGGUCUGGACCAGUUCUGGAAAUAUGUGGACAGCAAUCCGGAUAUAUUUCGCCGUCCCCCUCGCUCUCACCCGCGCCACCGCUGGGGUUUAGUGGCCACCGCUGAACUAGUGGUCCGGUACAUGUUCCCGUGGCUAUCGCCGCGUACGCUAGUUCAACACGUGAUGGUUGCAAGACGACAGGCGGACAAAGACAACCCUAUUUAUAAAUACUUCAAUACCAAUGAAAUAACACCUGUAAAACAUAAACUGUUACCAUACAAUCCUAAGUUGACUUUGUAUGAACAGCCCGAAAACGAAAUGCCAAGGUGUUGGCUCCGAUACCUAUCCAAGACAAGCAAACGGUUCAAGGUCCACUUGCGACGUCGCCAACAUGUAUUGGGGCAAACACCGACGGGGGUAGAAAUAAGUAUGGGUGCAUUAGCGAUUCCACUACCCAAAGAGCCCUUGCCCAUAGACUUCACCAAAGAGAUCAGAACGUGUCGAACCAAAAAAACAACGAACGAACCAGAAAAACCGGUGUUAAUGGACAAAUUCGAUGUGGACAUACAGAAAAAAGAUACACAACCUCCCCUUAACUUCUUUCAACUAGUUCAAACCAAUAAUGGACCCGCUCUAGUGCCUCUAGUCAUCCAGUCUGAUCCUAACACUUCAAAUAUCACUCUAGUAGCGCGACCCAAUACGAGCGUAGACAAUUUGAAUGUGCCGAAAACAAUAGAACAAACUAACACAGUGAAUUGUAAUAACGCACCUAUUACUAGUGCUAUAGAGACUAAUAUCAUUAAACAAGUACCAGAAAAAAGUACCAAAAACAUCAAGGCUGCUAAUGUUGAGCAUCACUGCUGUUGCUGUAUUAUACUUAAACGGAUAACCAAAACCAAACAAACUGUGAUAACGGACUUUUUUAGGAAUAAGGACAAUGUGAGUGUUAAUAAAACUAAGUGUCAGUGUAAUGAAAGUAGAUAUCCUACAGUCACGAAAAAGUUAAAACUUUUAAUUUUAAGAUAUAAAUCUAAAUAUAAGUGUAUUUAUGAAGAGAUUCAAAGAAGACUUGGUGUUAAAAAGACACGAAAUGAAGAUGAAAUGGGUUGUUUAGAAGGGACAGCCGAUUCAUGUAGUGGGGAAGAUCUGGCUGACGUGUCUGCGUUCCAGCAGAAGCUAACGAUACGCGGCCAAAUAGCGAAGAAUAUUCAGAUAAAAAGUCGCAUCAACACACUGUUCUCAAGGUUCGAUGUUGACGCCGACGAUCCGAUCAAGCUCGCUCUUGAGCUAGACCAAACGUUCAACAUUGAAAUGGUGGACGUUUUCAAGGAGUUCUGCGGAUUUUUGAAUCCCGAACAAGCGGAUAAAAUUAACAGAUUCCGCGAUUACUUCAUACAUAAUUGUGUUCAGGGUCUGAUGGAGAAGAUCGAAGAGCAGGUGAAGGACAAAAUAACGAAGGAAUCGCUUCUAAGGCAGAUCAGUGCGUUUUUCUCAUCGAACCAAUGGACGCCGUGUUCGAUGUGUAGCGCGCUGCUUAUUUUACAGCGCGCUCAUCCUGAACUAGCGCGCUACACGUUCGCGCUGUUCCCGCACGCGAGCCGUAAACAGAGCUGUAUAAUAGAACCAAAAAAGACAGAUGUUACACAGCCAGCGCCAUUACAAAUCGAGCCCCUCGUUGCAAAUCGCUCCAAUAACAUCACAAACGAUAACCAGAUGUUGGUAGACAACGAGUCAGACAAUCGUACAAGUGGUCCAGAAGAAAAUGGCGAAAAUGGUCCCACUGAUCAAAGUACAGACUCUUCCUCGGCGAUUAUCAAAACCGAGGUGCCAAUGUCUGCUGAAGUUGAUACGCCAGAAAUUACGAUAAGCAAGACCGAAAUACAAUACAGUGAUUCAGAUACUUCAACGAUGAUUGUUACAGAAGAUGAGUUAGUGAAAUCUGAACCAUCAGAGUGGAAACGAGACGAAGAUAAACUUAUAUUGGAAAUGUUGAAACAACACCUGACGCCGGAAGAACGAAAAGAGAAAACCAUAUUAGAAAUAAUUGAUGAGAAACAAAUUGUCGAAAUACUAAACCAGAGUCUAUUAGACAAAUCAUAUGAUGACAUCAAAGAAAGAAUGUUGAAUAUAUUGAAAAUUCUUGUCUUAGAAUCUUAA